AUUUUGUUCAACCAUGAUAUAUAUCUAUCAGAUUUAAUUAAUUUUAAAGAAAUUUAGGAAAUGAACUCUCUGGUGGCUUUAUUCUCAUGUGUAUUCUUUUCCAGUUUACUAUUCGUAACGUAUACUAUUGAAACGGAAUCAAAGGUUGUAUAUCCAACACCAGUCCCUCAUCCAUCUGUGUAUUUUGAUAACCCUGAAGUGAAAUUCGAAGAUCUUACAUUCACAAAGUUUAUACGUUAUAUCGUUAAGAAAUUACUGUGGUUAUUUGAUAACUUUAUAUUAAAACCAUAUGAAAUGGAAAUCAAACAACAUAAUACAUCUCAAAUGUACAAGUUUAGAUUACCUGAAAACAAAAAAAGCAACCCUUUGAAAAACAAUACUACUCAGAAGAAUUAAAAAUACUACUGACAUGUUUAUAAUGAUAAUUAUUUUAAAUCAUAUAUAUAAUAUAUGAAUGGUUUGCUUAAUUGUUAUUAGAAAAUAUAACCAAAAGGCUAGAUCAA